CUCGCAUCAAGAUGGCGGCAUCCAUGCUGAAAACGUGAAUCGAGUGGAUUGGAACUGUUUUGUUACUAAAUAUCGUAGAACCAUGUCUCGGUUGAUUGUGAAAAAUCUCCCUAACGGGAUAAAAGAAGAUCGCUUCAGAGAGCUUUUUGCUGCAUUUGGCACUCUCACAGACUGCAGCUUAAAAUAUACAAAGGAUGGCAAAUUUCGAAAGUUUGGAUUUAUUGGAUUUGUGUCAGAAGAGGAAGCCAAAGCAGCUCUCGGUCACUUCAACAAGAGCUACAUUGAUACAUCUCGUGUAUCUGUGGAACUUUGUAAAUCAUUUGGGGAUCCUGAAAAGCCCAAAGCUUGGAGCAAACAUUCUCAGAAAAAUGAUAAAGAUUCUGAGAAGAAAAAAGACUCAAAGCAGACACCUACUGACUCUGCAAACUCCAGAAGUACUAAAAAUAAUACAACUGCCCUGGAAGAACUGGAAAAGGAAGAUGACUUCAAGGAGUUCCUCUCAGUGCACCAAAACAGAACAAAGACAUCUACUUGGGACAAUGACACCCAUGUAGUAGUAGAAAAGAAACAGAAAAGUCAGACACAAGAUGAUUACCUGAAUUUUGAUUCAGAAUCUGAGGAGGAUAACAGUGAGAAUGAAGUGGAAAAUGAUGACAGAAAUUCAGUCUCCACAGGAAAGCUUGCUUUGAAGUCAGAGAUUUCAGAUAUGGAGUACCUUAAAUCUAAGGUAGUGCGAGAUCCCUGCCCUGCCUUGUCUGAAGAAAUAGUGGAAGGAGAGGAAGCCGAAAAGUCUUCAGAGGAUGAUGAAGCUGUGACUCUGCCACAAUCUACAAAAAAAAUUGAGCAGCAGGACUCCAAGAAGCGCAAAGAACCUAUGAAAAAGAAAUCAGCUGUACAGAAUGAGCCUACAACUUCGUAUACUGUCAAACUCAGGGGUGCACCCUUCAAUGUUACAGAACAAAAUGUGAAAGAGUUCCUUGUACCACUAAAACCAGUGGCCAUCCGGAUAGCGCGUAAUACUUAUGGCAACAAGACUGGUUAUGUGUUUGUUGAUCUGAGCAGUGAAGAAGAGGUGCAGAAAGCUUUGAAGAGGAACAAAGACUAUAUGGGUGGCCGUUAUAUUGAAGUGUUCCGUGACAACUACACGAAAAGUCCCAGUGUCCAAUCAAAGGCUGAGAGCAGGCCCUGGGAACAGCGUGACAAGCAAGAAUUGCAGCAGGAGGAUUUGUCAGAAUCUGGCAGGCUCUUUGUACGAAACUUGCCAUACAGUUGCACCGAGGAUGAUCUAGAUAAACUCUUUUCCAAAUAUGGUCCUAUCUCUGAAAUCCAUUUCCCUAUUGACAGCCUUACCAAGAAGCCCAAGGGUUUUGCCUUUGUUACUUUCCUCAUCACAGAACAUGCCGUAAAGGCAUAUGCAGAAGUAGAUGGACAGAUUUUCCAGGGUAGGCUGCUGCAUGUUUUGCCUUCUGCUGCAAAAAAGGAAGAAGUGAAUGAGUCUGAAGGAGAUGCAUCUGGGUACAAGAAGCAGAAGGCCUUAAAGGAUAAAGCAGUCAGUUCCAGUUCUCACAACUGGAACACACUAUUUAUGGGGACCAGCUCAGUAGCUGAUGUCAUUGCACAGAAGUACAACACCAGCAAGAGUCAAGUGCUUGAUGAUGGGGGGAAAGGCAGCCUUGCAGUCCGGGUAGCGCUUGGAGAGACUCAACUGGUACAGGAUGUACGGCGCUUUCUCAUAGAGAAUGGAGUCAGCCUUGAUUCUUUCAGCCAGGCUGCAGGGCCACGGAGUAAAACGGUGAUUCUAGUAAAGAACCUUCCAGCUGGCACGAAGCCUGCGGAACUGCAAGAGCUAUUUGGACGGUUUGGUGAUCUGGGGAGAGUGCUGCUGCCAGAAGGUGGCAUCAGUGCCGUUAUGGAGUUUCUAGAACCCACAGAAGCAAAGCGUGCUUUCUACAAACUGGCCUACACAAAGUUUCAUCAUGUACCGCUGUACCUGGAGUGGGCUCCAAUGGAUGUUUUUACGUGUCCUCCUCCACAAAAGAAAGUUGAACAAACAGAGCAAGAAACUUCAGAGGAACAGGAGGCAGAUGCUGCAGGCACCAAACAAGAGGUGAAAGAGCUGGAAGUGGAGGAGCAGGAAGAAGAUGAAGAGGAGACACUUCCUGGUUGCACUUUAUUUAUCAAAAAUUUAAAUUUUAGCACCAGUGAGGAAACCCUUAAAGAAGUCUUCUCUAAAGUCGGAACUGUGAAGAGCUGCAGUAUUUCUAAAAAGAAGGAUAAGUCAGGUUCUCUCUUGUCUAUGGGCUUUGGAUUUGUGGAGUACAUGAAGCCAGAGCAAGCACAGAAAGCACUCCGACGACUUCAGCAAUGCAUGGUGGAUGGGCAUCAGGUGGAGAUCAAACUGUCAGAGAGGGCAAUCAGAGCAGCAACUUCAACGGAACGCAAAAAACAGAUCUCUAAGAAACAGCAGAGCUCAAAAAUUCUUGUGCGCAAUGUCCCCUUCCAAGCAACGGUUCGUGAAAUACGUGAGCUGUUCAGCACAUUUGGAGAAUUGAAGACCGUCCGCCUGCCUAAGAAAAUGGCUGGCACAGGUAGUCACCGUGGAUUUGGCUUUGUGGAUUUUGUCACCAAACAAGAUGCAAAGAGAGCUUUUAGUGCGCUGUGUCACAGCACCCAUCUUUAUGGGCGCAGGCUGGUUCUGGAGUGGGCAGAAACUGAGGAUAGUGUGGAGACUUUGCGGAGGAAAACUGCUGAACAUUAUCAUGGCUCCCCAAAGAAAAAGAAGAAAGUGUCUGACCUGAUGGACGAUUUCAUGGAGAGCUUGGAUAAGGACAAUGAGGAUGAAUAAGAUUUGGAGGCUCCAUAAGCUGCAAAUGAAGCUUUUCAAGGGAUAACAUAGUUGGAAGACUCUUUGCCAAGGUUUGAGCUGCUGGAUUGAUAAUGAAGGGGGUUACAUGUGACAGCUGGACUUAAUAGUUGAAAUCACAGGACACUUUCAGCCCCUUCCCCAGUUCAACUCAUGUCUGCUGCAGUUUUUAAAAGAAUUUCACUUUGCCGUCUUCUGCAGUUUUUAAAAGAAUUUCACUUUGCCGUCUGCUGCAGUUUUAAAAAGAAUUUCACUUUGCCAACAUACUGCAUUUACCCACACCCAAAUAAAACAAUGGAUUUACUUACAUCUUCAAACGACCUGGGUUCAGAAGGUUUCUUUUGGAGCAGUGAAGGAGCCAUGACAAGCUUUUGCAGAAAAGGUUGCUGUAUGGUUAACCAAAGCACGCGGUUGUACUUUCUACACUGCUUUCUGGGACAUGUCAGCUCUCUGGAGACACAAAAGCUUCCUAAUACAGACAGAGUAGCCUGCCUCCUAUUAAUCAUAUUUAAAACAAUGAGUACAGGCCCAGGGGUGUAGUUGGAAGGUCUGCUUGUUUAAUUAAAAGUACCAUUCUCCAUAUUUAUUGCCCAAUUCUGUUAAAUAUUAAGAGCCUGGGAUGGGAAUUUAAUGGGAGGGUGGCUAAUGUAAUCUGCAAGCAUCAAGAAAGGAUCAGCAAGGUUGAGAGAAAUUGCUAAGUGUUAGGAGGGAAAAUCAGGUUGCUGAAGGUGAGGAAGUAGCAGAAACAGUGUGUCUGAUCAGGAGGCUUGAUAAAUGCACUUUGCUAAGCUUAAGGCAGAGAGGACCUGGAUCAGGUGGCUGAGAUUUACUGUCCAGAGAUGGCAAGGUUUUGCAUUAUAGACAGAGAUAUGUGUGUGAAAUAGGAAAAGUGCUGCAUCUCAGAUCUACUAACACACAUGACUAUGACUGAGACCUUUCACAGUACAGAUGUUUCUGGGACCUGUGAGGCAGAAAUGGCUUGAUCUCAUACUUGAAAGAAGAAACAAUGUUGCAGAAAGUCCAAAUAUAAAUAUAGAGUGCAUUUCUUGUAAAUGUACUCAGCGUGGCACUGUGGCUUAUUAUGCAAGUGGCCUUCAGUAGUCACUUGUAGUGGCUGAAAAGGCUGGUGGCAUAAGGAAACUUAGCUGUACAUCUCUGCCACUGUGAUAUUUUGGUUAGAUUUCUAAAUGGUAUCCAGUUUGAAAGGCUCUAUCUGACACUUAUAUCCACCAUUCCAAUAUGAAAAUGCAUUAUGACAGAUUGGAUUUAAAGGGAUAUGGCCAUCACAAAGGAACCUCAUUUUAUAAUAUCUUUUGUUUUUUAAACAAAA